AUGCGGCGGUCGCGAGAAAAACGCGGACCAAAGCUCCCACACCGACUCCCUAUCAUCGACCACCAACUAACUCGCUCUCUCCCUCUUACUCGUACCCCUACACGCCACCUCCUCACCCACGGCUCCAUCACAACCCUCUCGCCCCUCACCUACGGCCAUUACCAUACCAACACCCUUCUCCCUUACAACAACCUCACAUGGACACCACGAGCCUCAUCCUUCUCCCACACAAGCCUUCGCUGGUCAUGCUAUAGCCCAAGCCUCACUCGUGCGCUUAGCCAAUCCUCUAUUGCCUCACACAUGCCCUCUCCCAAGUCGGCACCCACAAGCAUGGCUACAGCCCUUUCGAGCCUACCUCACGCCUGCACCGGUCUUGGUCAAACUCUCCCUUUUGCCUCACACCCCAACAUCGGACCGUCCAUAAACACACCCAAUACCGACCAAAAAUAG